AUGGUUGCACUGGCAACCAAUCUUGGGAAAUCUGCUGAGGUCCGGAAUUUAGUCUUCCAUGGUUCUAAUUGGGUAGUUACCAUGUGUGAUGACGAUGAUGACAUUGGCAUUGGAAACUGGGCGAAUAUUACCCACGCGAUAACCAUUACGUCUGGGUAUCCCAAAAGUGAGAGGCUCAAGUUAAUUGUGGCUGUUGGGGGGCUCAGGUCACUUUUCCCCACCACUGUACUCCGUACCUUUUGGAAGCUCAGCUCCUUCACUUCUCCCAUCUCAAACCUCUGGACUUCUAGACCUCUGGACACUUUCACUUUUUGA